UUCAUCUCGCGAGUAUUUACACAAGACAUGUCGCUGGUUGUAUAUAGUAACCGCUCCAAAUAGACGCCAUUAUCAAAAAACACGGGGACUAGCAGAAGAUGGGUUGAUUCAUCUCGGCAUCAUGGCGCCCUAAUUGGAUUAUAACCGAGAAAUAUAUUCUGCUGAGUCAAUUAUAGAGAUCUUUUCUCCAUGUAGAGGUUGCGAACAUGUCAGCAAGUGAGUUCUCCGAGGGCUUUCGGCGAUCCUCAAAUCCGCGACGAGUCCUUCGGGAGGCCUGGAGCCCGACAUUGGACCAACAGCCCUCCACCCAGAACACCUACAACGACAACGGCCGUGCGCCCCAGCAGUCGCCCCGUCACUCACCCCGGCGUUCGUUCCAGCACAACACCCGGGUCCACCCCAUCAAUGAUAGGAGUAAUUAUGGAGCCCUCGAAGCAGGGAGCGGGGCAGGGGGAGGAGCAGGAGCCGGUGGUGGAGCUGGAGGGAGUACUGUGUUCAUGAUCGCUACCAUAGCUAUUUUAUCUACCCUCAUUAUCGUCGGUGCCGCACUAGCCGUUGUUUAUUUCGCAACAGACAUCCAAUUUGGUAGCUCGUCAUCCGAGGCCACCACUGCGGCAUCGAUAGCAACCACACCGACAACAGCUGUCAUAUCGACCAAUGCUCCUACCACAAUUGCAGUUGCCACUAUCCAACAUGCAAGCUCUGCAGCAUCUACAAUCACAAAGGCUACUACAGCCUUCACGUCGACUGUACCUACCACGGCCAGAGCUGCUACCACACAACCUGGCAGCUCUGCAGCAACUUCCAAAUUGACUAAUGCACUAACCACGGCCGGGGUUGCUACCACACAACAUGGCAGCUCUGCAACAACUUCCACAUUUACUAAUGCACCAGCCACGGCCGGAGUUGCUACUACACAAUCUGCCAGCUCUGCGGCAACUUUCGCUACCAAGGCUGCAACCUCCAUGUCAACUAAUGUACCGACCACAACCACAGAUGCAAGUACCACCACACAGUCUGUCAGCGCCACAACGAAUCCUUCCACCCAGACUCCAACAGUCGACAUCACUACAACGCAAGAACCAUCAACCACCGAUACCGCCACCACUCCUUCCACCCAGACUCCAACAGUCGACAUCACUACAACGCAAGAACUAUCAACCACCGAUACCGUCACCACUCCUUCCACCCAGACUCCAACAGUCGACAUCACUACAACGCAAGAACCAUCAACCACCGAUACCGUCACCACUCCUUCCACCCAGACUCCAACAGUCGACAUCACUACAACGCAAGAGCCAUCAACCACCGAUACCGCCACGACUCCUUCCACCCAGACUCCAACAGUCGACAUCACUUCAACGCAAGAACCAUCAACCACCGAUACCGCCACGACCACAUCUUCUCCUGUUGCUACCACAAACGAAGAAGUCACUACGGAGGAGGAGGAGGAUGAGCUCACGUUUGUCAUGACGACCGUUGAUUCCUCUGGCUUCAUCACGAGUGACUCUUCGGAUCAGACCGGACCUACCGCAGAUACUCACACAGGGGUGACGAAUACAGAGGUAACGACCGAAGAGUUGACUGCCACCCCUGCAGAUGCAACAACGGUCGAUUCCUAAGUAAAACACCAUCACUGAAAGUGACCUUGUGGCUUAAUAUUGCCCAAGAGGGGUUAUUGGUGCUUGACAUAGGAUUGCGUCAGCAACUGAUCUCUGACGCACUAUGUGAGGACGAUAUCGUAUGAAAAGUUUGAAGUUAUAUUCCGGUAGGGGCUGAUAAUGAGCUUCACAGGCUUGAUUAACGCACGCAAUGUCGCAAUCGUAAUAACGCUUCGUGUGCAAUGGACAUAAACUGCAUAAUUAUGUUACGGUCAUUGCAACAACAACAAAAAAUUGGAUAUAAAUAGAAGUGCAAACCUUUCUUUGAAUUAUUCCCGGAUGGGCUAAUGACCUUUCACAGAUUUGAAAUGAUAUAUAAAUUACAUUAUCAUCGUCAGCCUGGCAGUGGAAAAAGAAAAGACCGGUUACCAGUCGUUCGACUGGUAUGACCCCACUACCAUACCUGGGAUGUUUCACAAAUUAAGUCGAACUUAUCUCUAAGUUGGACUUAAAAAAUAUGG